AUGCAAACAGAAGAUUCUGGUGUGUUCAAAGUUUGCACUUGCAGGCAAUGCGGAGGCAAGGCAGAUGGAAGGGAUUAUUUAUUAUGUGAUUCAUGUGAGGACAUGUACCAUGUCUCCUACAUUGAACUUGCCAUCAAAGAAACUUCUAUUGACAUCGAAGAAAACUCUAAUUGUGGUAUGGACGAUGGGCUUCAACCAUCAAAAGGUGGAAAAAACUCUUUACCCUGUAAAAUUUGUGGAAAUGAGGUAGAAGAUGGUGAAAAGUUAAAGGCUUGUGGUCACAACUUUUGCCCAAAUAAAUACUAUCAUGCUAGGUGCCUGACAAUUAAGCAAUUAAAAUCAUAUGGCCCCCGUUGGUACUGCCCUUUUUGUCUGUGCAGGGUUUGCCUUGCUAAUCAAGAUGAUGAUAAGAUCAUUCUAUGUGAUGGUUGUGAUCAUGCAUACCACAUCUAUUGCAUAAAACCACUGCGCACAUCAAUUCCAAGAGGGAAAUGGUUUUGCAGAAAAUGUAAUGCAGGGAUCCAGGCAAUACACAGAGCAAAAAGAGCUUACGAGACUAUAGAAAUGAAACAUAGAAAGAAGGGUUUAGGGGGGUCAAUGCUAGUUGAAAAUCUUGAAAAGAGAUGGAAUGAUAAAGGAGAAGAGGCAUCAGAAAAAGGUGGAGGGAUGGACAUGCUUUUAACUGCAACAAAGACACUAAAAUUUGAAGAGAAUUUGAGUGCUGUUGAGAUCGGGCUAUAGCAAUCAUGAAUUUUUUGGAGACACAAAGUCAAUGGUUUUUGGCAAGUAUUGAUCUCAAUUUUACUUGUAUCUCCCAAUGCCAAGAAUUUUAUUUUUACUACAUUUGUAAAUUGACUGGUAUGUGUAGGUUGUGGAAUGUUAGAUCUUGUUGACUUUUGGAUGCAUAAACUGGGGAAAAUAUAAUUCUGAAGGUUGUAUAUUACUGGUCAGCAGAGCCAUAAACUAUAUAUGUAGCUUGAAUCUGUUGAAAUGAACAGAAACACGUUACCAGUUAAGCAAAAGUGAUUGUUCUGAGAGCCACUGUUUAAUUUGUUGCUUUG